UCGCCACCGCCUCCACAAGAUGGCGGACGGCGGGGCAGCGCCCGCGCAGCCGGACGGGGAUGUGCCCGCAGCCCCGGCCGCCGGCGGCCGUAGGGAUCGCCAGCCCCGGAGCAGCGGCCGCCCGCCCAGCGCCCGGGAUUUGCAGCUGGCUUUGGCAGAGUUAUAUGAAGAUGAGGCUAAAAGACAGUCAUUGUGUUCUGACAAGCCAACAGCUACAAAGAUCAGUAACCCAAAGGUAUCACAGAGUCUUAAACUGGAUUCUCUUAAAAGGUUGAGAAAACCAGAGAGAAGCAUGAGUGAUGACAAAGAAAACCAAAGAUUUUAUUCAGGUGACUCAGAAUAUAGAGGAUUACAGAUCUCUGGGGCUUCUAAUAAUCCAAGUAAAAUUGUUGCUGAACUCUUCAAGGAAGCAAAAGAACAUGGUGCUGUCCCAUUAGAUGAAGCCUCAAGAGCAUCUGGUGAUUUCAGUAAAGCCAAGUCAUUUUCUGGUGGUGGAUACAGACUGGGUGACUCAUCACAAAAGCACUCUGAAUACAUAUAUGGAGAAAAUCAGGAUGUUCAAAUUUUGCUGAAACUGUGGAGGAAUGGAUUCAGUUUAGAUGAUGGCGAGUUGCGAUCCUAUUCAGAUCCAACAAAUGCUCAAUUUCUUGAGUCGGUUAAAAGAGGGGAAAUUCCUUUGGAGCUGCAGCGACUUGUUCAUGGUGGCCAGGUAAAUUUGGAUAUGGAAGAUCACCAAGAACAGGAAUAUGUGAAGCCCAGACUGCGAUUCAAAGCCUUCAGUGGCGAAGGGCAAAAGCUUGGAAGUCUUACACCUGAAAUAGUCAGCACACCUUCUUCCCCAGAGGAGGAGGAGAAAUCCAUUCUUAAUGCACCUGUUCUGAUUGAUGAUUCCAUGCCAGCAACUAAAAUUCAAAUCAGAUUAGCAGAUGGAAGCCGGUUAAUACAAAGAUUUAAUCAAACACACAGGAUUAAGCAUAUUCGAGAUUUCAUUAUCCAGUCCCGUCCAGCUUUUGCAACAACGGAUUUUGUUCUUGUGACUACCUUUCCAAAUAAAGAGCUAACAGAUGAAAGCCUGACACUACAAGAAGCAGAUAUACUUAACACUGUGAUUCUUCAGCAAUUAAAGUAAUCUUGUGAUUGUUAUACAACAUAGGGACUCUGCUGUACUGUCAUACAAUAUGUUUCCAACAGAUGAAAGAAAGGUGAUAUCAGUGUCUUUUUAUUUCCUCUUUUCCAGGGAUCAUAUUUUUGGAUUUCAUGUCUUCCAGCUAUAACAUAUCUAACUCUUUUAUUUUAAUUUCUCAACAUUGUUCAGGUUUUUUUCAGUGUUAAGGUUCUGUAUGUUAAUAUGUUUCAAACCAUAUCUUAUACUAAAUGUGAAAUGAGAUAGGACUUUGUGACUCAUUUUUUUGAAGGGGGUAGGGAAAGAAGCAUUUUUCUGAAGGGGACAGUAUCUUUCAUAGAGUUGGUAAGAUUUGCACUAUGGAAAUGUUCUAUGCUGCAUUGACAAACAGCCAUUUGAAAACUUAGACUGUAGGUUAUGUUUACCUUGCAAACUGUAUAGUAUUAAGGUGUUCUUUUUAAUAGGUUUACAGAUAAUUAAUGCCCUAAUAUAAUUUUUGUAUGUUCUAUUUGUAGUGUUUCAUGGUGUAAUAUAAUAUUUAUAUUCUAGUUUUUAUGUCAUUUUCCUUGUAUUGUUGCUCGUAUGAGUGAAUCAGUUCAAGAGAUGCAAACCUCAGCUGUUGCAGACUAUAAUAGAAUGUUCUUAUUUGUAUUCUAGUUGUACUACUUGUAAUGAAAAUAAUUUUUUUUUUUUCUUGAAAGAGAAAUGUGAGAGACCACUGUCAUCUGGGGAAAUUAUGUGAUUUAGAGGAGGCCUCUGGUCAUUAUGAAUCCGAGUAUGCAGUUGGACCCUAUGCAACAGCAUGAUUCCUUACACAAACAGUUACUUAACCCCAAACAAAAAUACACUGAGGUGCACAGACACAGAACUGGUCUACUUUUGUGCAUGCAAGUGACAGCAUAAACGUGUUAAUUGGUCACAUAUUUUUGACCUGAAUUUCAGUUGUUUGUAUUUGGAAUUUUGGCCAAAGGCAUUUUAUAGUAUUCGCUGGAAAUUUGGUUGUGCAGCUUUCACAGUGCUUGUUUGGAAGCUGUAUAAUUAAACCCCUUCAUCUUUGAAAUUACAUAUUUUUAAAAAAAAACUUGCCCCAACAUUGCAGUAAGCGGGUUGGAGUCUUAUGUUGGGGAAAACUAGCUUUAGUGGUACACAGUUUUUUAGUAUUUUUGGAUUUAUAUCAGAUGAGUGGAUCACACUAUGAAGGAGAGUAGGUAGGCUGUAUCUCUUGUACCAAUAUGUGCUAAAAAUUGCUGUUUUUCAUGUUUAUUUUGUUCUGAAAAUAUCGAUACUUGUUUAUUUAUGUUAAGGUUAUAAUUGCUCAGUAUAUUCUUACAAAUAUAACAAAUCUACUUUUUUCCUCAAAGUAGAUAUUUGACUGAGUAGAUUUUAAACAUGCAGUUGUAUUUGAAGUAUUUUGUUUUGCAAUCUGAAUAUCUGCAUGAUUUUAAUAAUAAUUCAUUUCAUGUGCUAAGUAAUUAAAGCUUUAUGUUUAAGAUUGCAGACAAGACUUCUUGUGUUAUUCCAAAUUUAUGUUGUGAUAAAAGUGGAGAUUGUGUUGUGUGCCAAAUAUUUAAGCCUAAACAUAAGGGAAUUGUCAUGUACUACGCAUGCAUUUUAUAUCCAAUAUACUAACAAUUCUCUAUAUAAAUGUGAAGCCAAAGUUCGUGAUAUUGAUUUUGGGCAGUCUGUGGUUUGGGCAUAUUUUGGUUCAGAAUAUUGGUAAAGAUACAUUGCUUAUUACUUCUGAAGACCAUUAUUGAUUAAGCAGUGAUAUAUGAAGAAAAGGCGUUAACUAAAUUGUUACUUUUUUUUUCCUCUUAUGCCAAAUCUUACAACUACAACUACAACUACAGUCUCUUUGUUUCAAAUACCUGUUAAAUUUUAGUGUUUACUGGUAGCUGAGAUUAACUGGGUGUCCCAGAAGUUGACAUAAUUUUGUCAAGCACUAAGAAAAUAUAUCAAUACUUAUGUUUAGAUA